AAUGGGGUAGGUGAUAUAGACAGAAUGGUUAUUUACUAUCCUUUUGGAAACUUUCGACAUGCCCAUCGCCUGAAACCGCAUUCCUACCUAUAUAUCUAGGGGCUUUAGGCUUGUCACAUUCCACUGGAUAUGGUAGGGAUUGUAGCUGAUAAAGAAGUAGUCGUGACGUACUAGUUAGCUAGUUAGAUGAACCGGCAACGCUUGGCGGCAAACAGUGCAAACAUCGUUGAUCCCGCGGGCUUCUAGCUUUCUCCGGAGUAUGGAGCAAUCUCAAGUUUUCGGAUUGUAAGCAAGGAAGACCCCCCAUCUACAUUUUCACGCAACAAGGUUUCGUACGAUCCAAACGGGUAUAAAAAGUGGCCAGAACAAAUUAGGGGGUUGUGCUAUACAGACAAUCAACAAUGCCUUCCGCAGGCCCGAAGAAUCUGUCCCUUCGGGGGCUCUACAAUUUUCAAUGCCCGCGGUCCCAGGUACAGGCGUAUAAUCAGUCACAUCUAACAUCGAUUCAUGCUUUGAAGCCCUCGGUAUCUCAUCGCUGCACUAGCCAUCAGCAACAACCGCUGGCCUCAUGCUUCGCUCUUCCUUCGCAAAGUCGGCGAAAUUCUUCCCAGCUAGCUCGCGCAAUCGGGCCGCGCCCUGGUACUGCAGCAGAGACCUAUGUCGCCUAUGGAAUGACACAAAAGCUAUUCGAGGCCUGCUCCAGACAAGCAGACUACAAGAUACCUCAGUUGUCUCAGAAAGGAGCUCAGGUUCCCAAGACAAGUGCCGGGGAAGACUUAGGAGUAGGUGAAGGAUGGUGGUAUGAAGAAUUGGGUCUCGUUCCUACUUUCUCAACAUGGUCGCAGGUUACAUUCCUGCACAUGUACUUGUUGACGGUCCGGUUGCGCGCGUUGCCGUCGCACGAUAGCCUUCAAACCUACUCACGCCAUUUGAUCGACCACUUCUCACAUAGUGCCGAGCAUCGCAUGGAUGUGCUUCACGGGUUGACGAGCCGCGGUAUACGCAAUAAGUUCCUCAAGGAUCUUUUUAUCCAAUGGCGCGGUGUUUUGGCAGCCUACGAUGAAGGCCUAAUCAAAGGAGAUGCAGUGCUGGGAGCUGCCGUUUGGAGAAACCUCUGGAAAGCGAGCCAUACUGCACCAGACGGUAAGGACUUGGAUUGGUCGAAGAUAGCUCAGGUCGUUGCGUAUAUGCGGCGAGUACUUUUCGAACUCUCUCAGGUGCACGAAGCGGACUUGGUCUUCCAACUAGACCGGCAAAGGAACGGGAAGCCAGGUAUUUUCUCUCAUUCCGAAGUCGAUCAAAAGAUGGUCGAUAGCAAGCGGUGAUAUUAUAAGCUCGAGUCUACCUAUCGGCGCUCUUUUGUUCGCCUUCUGUACGUAUAACUAUCAUGUCUACUGAUUAUAAUGUAACAUAUUGGGCUUGACCUUGCAUGAUUCCAUGUUUUGUGGA